CAAAAACAUCAACAUCGUUUGUUUUGUUUACGUUGUGCGCUGAAAUAGUGUUGAAAGUAAGUGCGGAAUCGUGACUCUCCGGUUUACUACUUUUUCCAAGUUUAUUGGUCCUCAAGCAAAAUAAUUAUAGGCAAGUGAAUUGCAUUGUAACGAAAAUGUCCUCCGGCCGGAAGUGUAAUAACUGUGGCAGUGCCGAUAUCGAAGUCGACAAUGCUCGGGGUGAUGCCGUGUGUACAAAUUGCGGUUCGGUUUUGGAAGACAACAUAAUCGUUUCGGAAGUGCAGUUCGAGGAAAAUGCUCACGGUGCAUCAAGUGCGGUCGGUCAGUUUGUGGCUUCUGAUUCGAAAGGUGGUGCGACGGCGUACGGUAAGUUUCAUGUCGGUACCGGAACAGAAUCGCGCGAGGUAACGCUGCGGAAAGCUCGACAAGGCAUCACUCAUUUGUGCCACCAGCUGCAUUUGAACAACCACUGUAUCGAGACGGCGUGCAACUUCUUUAAGAUGGCCCUGAUUAGACAUCUGACUCGAGGAAGACGGAAUACCCACAUCUAUGCUGCUUGCGUUUACAUUACUUGCCGCACCGAAGGAACAUCUCAUCUUUUGAUUGACAUAAGUGAUGUUCUGCAGAUUUGUUGUUACGAACUUGGUCGUACAUAUCUUAAGCUAUCUCAAGCUCUCUGCAUCAAUAUUCCAUCUAUUGAUCCUUGCAUUUACAUUAUGCGCUACGCUAACAAGUUGGAGUUCGCCGAGAAGACCCAUGAGGUCUCGAUGACUGCUCAGCGUUUGGUUCAGCGCAUGAAAAAAGAUUUCAUCCAUUCCGGGCGGCGUCCCUCGGGGCUUUGUGGCGCGGCUCUGCUGCUAGCAGCCCGUAUGCACGAAUUCAGCCGCACACCGAACGACAUAGUUCGAAUCGUGAAAAUUCACGAAUCCACGCUCCGCAAGCGUUUGGUUGAAUUCGGCGAAACGCCUAGCAGCGCACUCACCUUGGAUGAAUUCAUGUCGGUCGAUUUGGAGGCCGAACAGGAUCCACCGGCUUUCAAGGCGGCAAGGAAGAAAGAUAAAGAACGACUUCAGAAAUUGGAAGAGUCAAGUACGGAAUUCAAUCAGCUGCAGGCAGAGAUCGAUGCUGCUCUUGAAAAAGAUUUGAGUAAAAGUAGAAGUAGAAAGCGUAAGUUGAAAGGUGAGGAGGUUUCGGUUGACGAAGUGGGCGAAACCGACCAAUUUAUCCAAGAGUCCACCAUAGAGGUUAUCAAUCAAUGCCUUGAUGAAAAUCCUGAUGGAUCAACUGGUGAAUCGAAGGUUAACGGUCGAACUAAAGUAGUUCCUGACGGUAUCAAGCCCGAUUUGUUGGCCAUGUGUUCGCAUAAUAUUGAACGAAAGGAGCAUUCUAAAACUGAAGCCAAAGAUGACGACGGAGAACUGAAUCUGGACGACUUGGACGAUGACGAAAUAAAUGGCUACAUCAUGACAGAGGAAGAAGCCCGCUACAAGGACAUGAUGUGGAACCGACUACAUGCUGAGCAUCUCAAGGAAAUGAAGGAAAAAGAAGAACGAUUGGCCAAGGAGCGCGAGGAAGGAAAACCUGAGAAGAAAAAGCGUAAAAGUACAAAAAGAAAACAAAUUGGACCGUCCAAUUCAGCGGGCGAAGCUAUUGAAAAAAUGUUGCAGGAAAAGAAAAUUUCCACAAAGAUAAAUUACGAUAUUUUGAAAACCCUCACGGAUAGUGCCAGCACUGCAGAGCAGCAAGCGGCAGAUGUACAGAUGAAACACGAAUCAAAUGACAUCGACAUUUUGUCCCGAACCAGAAUCAAACCGGAGACGGCUCUGAGUCGUGCAACGCGGCCAGCUGUGAAUUUGGCCGGCUCAAUACGCAGGAAGCCGACCGUGACGGCAACGCUUCCUGUCGUGGAAAGUGGUGAUGUGAAACCCGUCAUCGUUGAAGCGCCAGCUCCAAAGAUAGAACAAGAACACAUCAUUGACGAUUAUGAAGAAGAAGCUGAGGAUGAACCUGAACCAGAACCAGAAAAGGAACACAAAUCUUUGGCGGACAUGCUGAAUACGGGCGAUGACGAUGACUAUUAUGGUUAUGAAGAAGACUACUAAUAGAAUGUAAGACUAGUUAUUCUACUUCACAUUUAACACAUGUUUAUGCCUGAAGAGACAUAUUCAUAUGUAUAUGAACUUAAAAACUAUCUGCUUUCGUUGAUUUUUCAGAUAAGGUGUUUAAUUUUUGAAUAAGUUCCGAAAUACAUAGAUUCGCUUGUCGAUUUUCAA